AUGCAGCGCUCCCCACUUACGGGCUGUACGGCUUGCCGUCAAUCGUUCGUUGACACCGUCACCUCUCUGGUGGCGGGCAUCUCGGUCUCCAGAAGGACAGGUCAAGCAGCGGCGGCGACGACAACGGGAACAAAACGGAUACAGCAGCGUGGAUUGAUGGUAACAUCAACUCCUUUACGCAAGCCUCUCCACCGCGUACAAUUCAUCUCUCCGUCGACUACAACAAGAUCGUUCAGUUGCCUACCAGGAGCAAGUCUCCGUCAACAACAGCAACUUCCUUUAUCGUCUUCUGCGGAGAGUGAGCGGCCGCAAUCGGACAGUAUUUCGGAUCCCGACUCUUCGUCUUCAAAACCAUGGUAUCUCCAAGUCGAAGAACCGACCCCCCCAGCCCCCAUCUCGCCACUCCUCGCACUCCAAGAAAUCCCCCCCCUGCCCGCCGACCCGCCGGCCAUCCUACAACCUAUUCUCGAACAUCUAUCUGUCCAAAUCGGCCUGGACAAUCUAGUCCUACUAGACCUACGCCACUUGGACCCCCCGCCGGCCCUGGGUGCCAAUUUGAUCAUGGUGAUCGGAACAGCCCGCAGCGUCAAACACCUCAAUGUCUCGGCCGACCGGUUCUGCCGCUGGGUGCGGAAAGAAUAUAAACUGCGUCCAUACGCUGAUGGCUUACUGGGUCGCAAUGAGCUCAAGCUCAAGUUGCGCCGUAAAGCGAGAAAAAUGAAACUCGCCCAGAGCGUCGGGAAUACCAUGGCCAUGCGCGAUGGUGAUGAUGGCAUCACUACCGGUUGGAUCUGUGUCAAUAUGGGUGCGGUGGACGAUGCUGUUUUGCCGGAUGGGCUUGUUGAUACCUUGACGGUUGAAGCUGGAUCUGGAGCUGAAGCUGGUGUCUUCCUGGACAAGGAGGCGGUGGAAGUGGAAGCGGAAGUGGAUGUGGAUGAGGAAGAAGACGAAUAUCAAAAUCCCCCGGAUGCUGAAUACGUCGGGUUCGGCAGUCGGCCGAAUUCGCCAAGGAUUGUCGUGCAGAUGUUCACAGAGGAGAAGAGAGUCGAAAUGGACCUCGAGGGUCUUUGGAGCGUUCGUAAUACCAGGCGAGCACAUCGUGAGGAGAAGGCAAUGGCUGAGGUUGGGUUGGACACUAAUAAUUGA